UACGUAGUCGUGAUCCUUGCAAACGUCGACGAUUCUUUCGGAAUCAGAUAACUAAACCAGGGCUGUAUUUUAGCUAUAUUUGUUAUCGUCAAAAUGAAGAAAGAACAAUUUCGACAAUUUCUGGCUGAGCGACUGACUGUGGCAGCUCUGGAAAUAUUUUCAGCGGUAGAGAAAACGUGGGACGGGUACCAAGAAGAAAUAUGCCGUUUUAAAGAGGAGAAUAGUCGACUGCAACGGCUCCUGGACAAUGUUAAUCUGAUUCCCAAAAACAUCACCCAGCACUGUGUCUCAGAACCCCCAAAUAUUAAAGUGGAACCAGAGCUGUGGACCAUUCCCGACACAGAGCAGGAUUCAGACUUUACUGACUCUCCGCUUCCUUUUCCCCAUCUAUCAAAAGACUGUGAUCAACAGGACUCAUCUCUGGUCUCUAUUGUCUACCAGCCUCGAACUGUGCAGAACAGAAUAGGGCCAGACCCAUUCCUUCCUGUACCAACUGCCUCGACUGACCUGGUCAAAGCAGAGGCUUAUGGAGAACCAGCUUGUGAAUCUCAGCCCUUCUCUACUGUUACCCCGGAAUAUUCUACACCUCAGAGUGUGGAGAAGGAGAGUUUAAGACUGCCAUCUGAACUACAUACCAGAAUAUCAGAGAAAGCACAGAUCUCAGUUACCCAGGCAGCUUCUGGAAACAUCUACAGCAUGAAUAGGCCAGUUGAAUGUCUGCUGGAAAAGAAGAAAACGGUGAACAUCACAUUUUGCAGUAAACGUUACAACACAGGUUCCAAACUACAAAUAAAUGCUCAAAGUCAUGCUGGGGGACUACACCAUCAAUGCCAAAAAUGUGGCAAAUUGUGUGAAACGAAAUAUAGCCUGAAUGGUCACAUGCGGACACACACCGAUAACUUUAUUCAGCAGUCUGUUCUUAAAAGUCAUUUAAAUUCACACACAGGAGGAAAACCGUAUCAGUGCCAAGAGUGUGGCAAAUCGUUUGGUCGAAAUGGAAGUCUCAAAGAUCAUUUGAGGAUACACACCGGAUUGAAACCAUAUCAGUGCCAAGAAUGUGGCAAGUCCUUUGGCCGAAAAGGUAGUCUUAAGGAUCAUUUGAGAACACAUACUGGACAGAAACCGUAUCAUUGCCAAAAAUGCGGAAAGGCCUUCUGUAGAAAAAUUGACUUAAAUCUGCAUAGUAGGAAGCACGUAAAUGAGGCACCACUUCCAUCUGUUGAAAUUGCCUUAUAGGUAGACCAUGGAUCAGUUGUCAUGGAUGGAAACCAUCACAAGAUUUCGGUGUAAAAACAUGUUAACCUGUCUUCUCCCAUGUCCCUGGUCUCUUAACCCUGCUAUCAAAGCUGAGGAACCGAUUCACCCUUGGGACAAAAAUCAUCCACAUUUUGAUGUGUAGCCUUCUCUGUGUAUUGUAAUUUGCUUUUGUAAAUAUGUAACAUUGAUGGAAAGGGUUUCCAUGGGGUCUUUAAAAGUCUAAAAUUCUGAACUUUAAAUUGAAGGCCUUAAAACAUGUUAAAAACGGACAGAUUUUCAUCUGAGGUGAAAAAUAGCCAAAAGAGGUAAAAAAAGAGGUAAAAACAACUAGGUCGGUGGGGUCGAUGCAUUUAUAUAUCAUUUUUACCUGUAAUCAUAAAGAAGAAGCUGACCCCCUGAUUAUCAUUGUAUAAUUCGCACUCUGUUUCUAACCAAACUCCAAACUAAACUAAAGAGAAUCUUCCUGACAUUAACAAACGUUUGGCGGAGAAGAGAGAGACAAUAUUUAUGAAACUGUGAAGGUGAAGUCCCACAUCUCACAUCACCACAAUGUAACUUUGUUAAAAUAAACAACUUUACAUUUGGAUUUGAACCCAGGCUGUAGCGGUACUGCAGCAUCAUGUCUGAAAGAGCAUGCACACUAACCCAGUGAGUUAACAGGGGAGCCCUGCUUUCUUCUGGUUUUCUGACACCCCAACUCUGCUGGUUGUUACAACUAGAUAGUUCAAUGUCCAUUUUCAUGUUGAACGGAGAUUGUUAUGAUCCCUGCGAGCUCUGUGGUUAAGGAUGUGGGCUAAUGUGUGAGGGGUCUUGUGUUCAAAUCUGGCUGAAGGAUCUCCUUACAUAAAACUGAUAGGUCCAUUUCUUUUGAGACUCUUGGUUGAGCCUUUCCUGUUGGGACAGUUGGGUACCUGGAAAGACAGUUUGGAGAGGGGAUCUGGACAGUAGGGAAGUGCACUGCGGUUACAGGGAUCUGGGCCCAUGGAUGUGUUUGGGACUAAGCUCUGCUGGUUUUGAACCCAGGUGGUUGUGGUGUAGGCCCUUGUUCUCAACCCACUACACCACAGAAUCUACAAGACGGUUUAAUUGCCCCUAUGACACUACUAAAUGCCAAAGGACAACGUACGUUUUGUGAAACGAUGUGAAUCCCUAGAAGACUGAAUCGCGAUUCAUAUGUGAAUCGAUUUUUUCCCCCACCCAUAGUACUUAGUGCUGAAUGAAAUUAAAUGAGGUUACUAAUGUGAUUUAUCUGUAAAUUAAAUGUAUGCUUUUUCAAUGACUGAAUUCAUUGAAUAAGAUUUUUUUCUGGAUUUCUUUGAUUUGAAUAUGUUUUUAUGAUACUGUUUUAAAAA